CUUACAAAGACAAGAGCCAAUCCGUCCAUAUAUUUUAAGCUUGUUCCAUCGGUUUUCUAGAAUUUAUUGAUUCUACUUGUCUGGCCCACGAAAUCAUCGGCUUCCGGCCCGAACGCAUUCCCCGGACUUGCUCUUUUAGUUAUUUCCGUUUCGACUGUGUUAAUUGUUCGGUGUACUUUCUACUCCUGCCGCUAGCACUAUUUACUCGGUGUAGUUUGAUUUGUUCGUUCAACCCAAUUUAUCCGGCUUACGCUUUACAUUGUUACUCGCCAUCAGACCCCCGUUACACUCUCGUUGACUCUUUCUUUUCACUAAAUGCUUCAGAUAUACUCAUAUCCAUGUUCAUAUAUGUAAAGUCUCAGCCCGCUUCUCCUGCACUAUCUCUCUGUCUACUUCAAUAAGCGGCGCAUACCACCUUACCGACCCUUUACUUUUCGCCUAUACUGAACUAUGGCCCAAGGAGAGUUGUGGUCUACACUAGUCACUGCAAUCGACCCAGGAAAUAUCAGAGCUAUGCCGGCCGUCCUUCAGUCAACUAUCGAUCUCUUAGAGACAGAACUGGCCAAGGCCAGGGCCGCGCUCAAAGAAAUUCAACCUGAUACUGCACCCAUCUUGAUACCUGGGGAUGAGCUUGCCGUUGGGGCGAUUGCGGCUUAUCGCCAAAAUCUCAUUACACGAGCCUCAGACUUUUACUAUGGCUCCCGCCGCCUAUCUCCCAAGGAGGUGGGACUAGUCCCUGUCAUCCAGGAGCUACAGUCAGAUGAAGAAGAGGAUGAGGAGUCACGGCCAAAUCCCGAAGGUAUUAUUCUUGCGGCGCAUCCCAAGCAAGUUUCCCUCGUGGAUGUUCUCUCGAACAGUCUGAUUCUCGAUCAUAUGGCUCCAUACCUCUCAGUCCCAACACUGCUUGCCCUAGCCUCAACGUCGCACGUUCUUCGUUCCAUGAUUAUGGAAACUCCGUAUAUUUUUCGGCAUCUCGAUCUGACCCAAUUUCCUGGACACUGGUUUCCUAAUAAGCCAUUAAGGAGCUCGGAAGCUCGGGUUAGUAACAAUGAACGUCUGGAGAACUCCUUGACUGAGGAUGCACCCCAUUCGGCCCCUCUCCAAAGAAUAUUCGCUGGUUUGGGGCGGGGUUCCAUCCUUCAAGAUGUGCGAACCCUAAUCUUGGAUGGUCUCCCUGUUCCAGCAGAUCUGGUUGCGGAACUUAUCUUGACAGACCGUUUCAGUAUAAACAUACUGUCAAUAAGGGAAUGUCGUCAGCUAAAUGAGCGCAAACUGAUACAGGUGCUUCAGCGAGCUGUCCGGCCUUCGCGUCCCAAAGGGACCCCUCGGGUGAAAGGUAUUUAUUACUUCACCCCGGUGAGCCAGCCUCGAGCCAUCAUGAGGAGCCGGUACCGUGACUGGUGGAGUUCCAGAUGCACUCGUACAACGAGCUACGGAGCCCUGAAGACGCAAGAAGAGCCCCAAUCCGAUGGCGCUCGUGAGAGCGCAUUGUAUUAUCAGAAUGCGUGGUAUUGCCCCGCUGGAAAACUUAUACCUCGCUCGAUCGAGGAAGGUUGGGCCCCCACAAUCCAACAAUGCGAGGGUAUCAUAUCUUUCGACGCCGUACUGUGUCGUGGUCCCCGGCAUAAUUUUGAUCUCUACAAAUCACCAGGACAUAACGAAAAUAGGUAUCAGGGCGAAGUUCAACCGCUCGAACCAGCAAUCGCUACCGUCGCCUUAGGUCCCAGAGGGUGCGACGGCUGCCAUACUUCACCAGAAGGUCCGGCAGUUUGGGGUGAAUCCCCGGAAGGGCAGUUUCCUUUGCUGGCCCCGCUCCCUUUGCAUUCGUCAUCUAUAGCUGUGGCGAAGCGUCCAGCACUCUUUCCCGAUGCGCACCCUAUCCUCGUUGCCCGUUGCGCAGAGUGUUUGAACGAUCGCUGGUGUCGUCGGUGCAACAAAUGGUUCUGCACGAACUGCCUACCAAGUCCCGAACGGGUGAGGACUAACUUAUCACCCCAUCAAACUGCGAUUAGGGGACCGCGAAGGAACCAGGAUUCAAGCUUGUCUCACGAGCGAAGGAGAUUCCAACCUGGAGUGAGCAGAGAUUGCUGGGAGUGCGGGCCGACGUGUGCUACCUGCAAAAUUGAAUGCCAAAGAACGUGUCAGAGUUGCCAAGGAGAAUAUUGUAUUGAUCAUAAUGAAGGUUGCUCUCCAACGAUGUGUGACUGGUGUAACACAAGUGCGCGUCAUCGUUUGAGGCAGCUCUAUUGACAUGUGGGUAAGUUAAAUGGGUGCUUCAGGUUAUACCCAGGGAAGGUCUUAUCUGAGGUGCUGUGAAGUGAAUCAUUGUUCAUGACUUUUCACCAACAUUGAGGGCUUUGUUUUUUCUGAUCCUGAUAGCAUUAAUAACCUUCUCCUUCCAUGACCUGAACAAGAAGGCUGGCUUCAUGCCAGCUGAUACAAUUCUUUUUGUCUGAGGGGUAUGUUACGCCCUGGAAAUAGGGAGCCAAUGAAGUAACGUGGUUGUGCCGUUUACAUCCGCCAUAUCUACUACGUAGAAGUUGUUUACUAGCUUCAAGUUGAAAGUAAGACCAAAGGCAGUUCUAUUCUUGUGUUCUCUGUGUGUUUCUGCCUUUUCCUCGUCUUCAAAUACAGUAAGUCCUUGGGACCACUCCAUAAGUUCCUUUGUCUAGCGCUUUUACCUAAUCCUUUCCUUUUCCUGUCUAUUAAUUGAUCCCCUUCAUACAUAUAUAGAUUAGAGAAAUAGAUCAUAUAGCCUCUCUAGAUUUUUCAAGUCCUCAACGAAAUCAAAAUCUGCCGGCAGUGAUAAUCGAGAACUCCAUUAUAUACUGUUUAUUCUGCCCCGACUAGACCGGCUAAUCCUGUUCUAGUAGGUGGAUGGGAUCACCUGGGCAGGAAAGAACAUCAAAGUAAUUGCCACUGAUAGGUAGACAACAGCUGGUUAUACAUCAGAUCUGAAACCCAGCAAUUGC